CUUUCCGCUGUUUCAACUGCGCGGCCGCCGCAGAGAAACCGGCGGAGCGUCAAGUCUGACUGAAACGACAGAGAGCUUCAGUUUACUGAAUUCACCCUGUGAGACAUCAAAUCAUCUGAGACAGACAGAAAAAGGACAAGUUGUGAAGUUUUACUGUCUCCUCGCGACAGAAGAGGAGGAGGAAACGAGCUGAACUCAGCUCCGGCCUGCCUCAUUCUGACGACAUCCACCAAUGGGCUGAGGCCGUGGGCGGGGCCAGGAUGAGUGCCGAGCUGCUAUUGGAGGAGACGCUCAUCAAGCGUUCGCAGCAGAAGAAGAGGACGUCGCCGCUGAACUACAAGGAGAGACUGUUUGUCCUCACAAAGAGCCGGCUGACGUACUACGACGGGAGAGCCGAGACGUGUUGUCUCCUCCAACAGAAGAAGUUCAGGAGAGGCUCGAUCGAGCUGAGCCGCAUCAGGUGUGCCGAGAUCGUCAAGAACGGAGGAGGGAUCAUCCCCUGCCAGAACAAAUACCCCUUCCAGGUGGUGUACGAUACCAACACCCUCUACGUAUUCGCUCCGAGUCACGACAGCAGAAGCCUCUGGGUCCAGAGCCUCAAAGAGGAGAUCAAAGACAACCCUGCGGUCCUGACCAAGUUUCACCCUCAGUUCUGGCAGGAAGGCUCGUGGCUCUGCUGUCGCCAGGCGGAAAAACAGGCUCCCGGCUGCUCGGAGUACAACCUCUUUGGAGACAUUUCCAGAAAACCUUUACCUCCGAUUCCUGGAGAGGAACGUAAAAACGAUCGGCAGCGGCGGCCUCCUCCUCCACUUCCUCCGGUCACUGAUGAUGAUGAUGACGAUGGAGAGGACGACGACGAUGAUGAUGAGGAGGAGGAGGAGAUGGUGGUGGCGCUGUACGACUUCCCGGGGGCGGAGCCACACGACCUGAGUCUGGUCAAGGGAGGCGAGUACGUCAUCCUGGAGAAGUGCGACGUGAACUGGUACAAGGCGCGCAAUGAGUACGGCGAGGAAGGCUACAUCCCAAGUAACUACGUCACGGAGAAGAAAUCCGGAAACCUGGUGCAGUUUGUCUGGUACAGUAAACAAGUCAACAGGAACAAGGCGGAGGAGCUGCUGAGGAAGGAGGACAAAGAAGGAGCCUUCAUCGUCAGAGACUCCAGCACUGCAGGAACCUACACGGUGUCUCUGUAUGCCAAGUCUGCUGCAGGGGACGGAGGUGCAGCUAUAAAACAUUACCACAUCAAGCGGACACAAGGCUCGCCUCAACAGUUUUACCUGGCUGAGAAACACCUGUUUAGCUCCAUCCCCGACCUGAUCGAGUACCACAAACACAACGCAGCAGGUCUGGUUGCCAGGUUGAGGUAUCCUGUAGGGAAGCAGGACAAGUCCGCUCCGUCCACCGCCGGCUUCAGCUACGAGAAGUGGGAGAUCAACCCCAGUGAGCUGACCUUCAUGAAGGAGCUGGGCAGCGGUCAGUUCGGUCAGGUGAGGCUCGGCAAGUGGAGGGCUCAGCACAAAGUGGCCAUCAAGGCCAUCAGAGAGGGAGCCAUGUAUGAGGAGGACUUCAUCGAGGAGGCCAAGGUCAUGAUGAAACUGUCCCACCCUAAGCUGGUGCAGCUGUAUGGGGUUUGCAGCCAGCAGAAGCCCAUUUACAUCGUCACAGAGUUCAUGGAGCACGGCUGCCUGCUGAACUUCCUCAGGCAGCGGCGGGGCAGCUUCAGCCUGGGGUCUUUGCUGAGUAUCUGCCAGGACGUCGGCGAGGGCAUGGAGCACCUGGAGGCCAACGGCUUCAUCCACAGAGAUCUGGCUGCCAGAAACUGUCUGGUCAACGACUCUCUGGUGGUCAAGGUGUCGGACUUCGGCAUGGCCAGAUACGUGUUAGACGACCAGUACACCAGCUCAUCGGGUGCGAAGUUUCCCGUGAAGUGGUCGCCUCCUGAAGUCUUUAACUUCUGCAGAUACAGCAGCAAGUCCGACGUGUGGUCCUACGGUGUGUUGAUGUGGGAGGUUUUCACUGAGGGCCGGAUGCCGUUUGAACAGAGUCAGAACCAUGAGGUUGUUACCUUGGUAACCAAGGGUCACCGCCUCUACAGGCCCAAAAUGGCCACACCCACCAUCUAUGACAUCAUGCAUCUCUGUUGGCACGAGAGGCCAGAGGAGCGUCCGUCGUUCUCUCAGCUCUGCCUGAUGAUCUCCAACGCUCUGGAGGGUGACACCCCUCCCCCAAACUGAUCAACUGACCAAUGAGCUGCUACCACCCUUCACGCCAUCUGUGGCGGCCAUGUUGGCCCCUAACUCUUGCUCCACGGCAAGAGAACGGACAACAUGGAGAACACGGCGCAACGACACAUGUCUGGAGCUGACCAAUCAGAUAGACAGGAGAGACCAAUCACACCAACUGCAGUCCACUCAUCCACCAAUCACAUUGCUUUGUCACAUCAGGCAACCAGAACAGCUUACAACCCGAAACAGCCGGACUGACGGCUGUGAAAACUGACGCUGCCUUCACAACUUGCUGCUCAUGCUGGAUCUGUUUUAGGACGACUGUUUGUUUUUGUCGUAGGAAUCGGACACCAGCUGACAGCGACGCAGACAACACACAAAAGGCUCUUGUGGUGAACACGCCAGUUUGCCUACCUGUCUGUGGGUUUGCCUCGGUGGUUCCUCUCAGACAUGGACAUGAAAUCCUUCAGUCAGAGACCUGUCGGUGUUAAAGAACAACACACAAUCAUCAACAUACAAUAUAAAGCUUGAGUUUUCUUCCAGUGGACCUGCAGACUCUGUGUGAACUGUUCCUGUAACGUUCAAGUACUCUCAGCAGGUCACGGCGUCUGUUUCUGUUUGUUUCAGUCCGUCGUCUGACAGAUGUCGCUGCAGUGCAAAUCUGUUUUCAUGUCGUUUUCAUCACAGCCUGCACAUUGAUAUGAAAAGCACUGUAUGAGUACAUAUGAGUUCCUGUCAACAAAGAAUCGCUCCAGCCCUGAUCUGGUCUUCACAGCUUAACUACGUAAUGUUUUAUUAAAGAAAAAAAACUUAGAUCUCAUUCAGUUUUUAAAAAAUUGGUCCUUAAUUUCAGACAAAACCAGGCUCCUCAUUUCUAGUCACUAAAAAUUUGGCUGUUUGAAAAGGCAACUAGCUCAUUAAGCUAGCUGCGUUGGUUAAAACCAACGUCGCCAACUGACUUUUCUUAUGUUUCCGGCGGACUUGUUUUAAAAUGAGGGGUCUUCACUACGCACCUGAUGGCUACAUACAGCACAUGGAAAUGUGCUAAAGACUGAGGCUAAAGCUAACACGUCCAAAAGUCAGCAUCCCCACCAGCUGAUUCAUGUAAAUAAACAGUGUUUUUCUGGUAUUGUACUGUACAGUUAGUUAGUACAAGUUUUACAGUAAAAGAAUUUGUUAAUCAUACAAGUAUAACUCUGUUUG